GCAGCCCAGCAGCCCGAGCCGCCCUCCCCAGCCGGAUGGGCGGCCAAUGGCACGCGGAGAGCUCGAGAGGGCGUUGCAGGCGGAGGGAACACACGGGAGGUGACAGCUCAAACUCCUCCUAUUCUCACAAUGCUCAGGAGCGCAUUGUGGUGAACAUGGCAGAUGAGGAAGAUUAAGACCCGCCGAGCUGCUGCUUCCUCCUCCUCCUGACCACCGAGCCACUUGUUGGCUGCUCUGAGGCCCCUGUGGUGGACGGCGCGGCGAUGGUGCAGGGGAGGCAGCGCUAGCCUUGCGGGCAAGCAAGCGAGCGAGCGGCCGGGUUGCGUUUGUGCGUGUGUUGAAUUCAUUUAUUCUGUGUGUAUGUGUGUGUGGAAGGCAGGCAGGCAAGACCAGGAAGCGCUACGAAUCCGGGGCUUGGCUCUGCGUGUGAUGAUCCGGCUAUGGAGGGGCAGCGUCGGGGAGCUAAGGAGGAGGCAGAUGCUUGGCCGGUGAGGCGGCUGGCGCGCCAGGGGCCCGCGGCCAGGGGCACAGCCGGCAGCCGUCGCCGCUGCUGCCGGGACCGGGCGCCGCUCGCCCGGUGCAGCAGCAGCAGCAGUAGCAAUAGCAGCAGCAGUUCGCAGCUGGGACUGGGCGCCCUUUGCAUUGCAACUCCGCAUUGCUCGUAUUAUUGCGGCUCCGCGUGAAAGGAGGAGGGCCAGCCAGGAGGAGGAAAGGAAAAGCGGGGGGGAGGCAUCGAGAGGGGAAGGGCAGAUCGCAGCAAGGAGGAUUGGAGGAGGAGGAAAGGGGGCAGCCGCCCGCAGCAGCAGCAGCAGCAGCCAUGCUGCCCGGGGUGGGUGUGUUCGGCACCAGCCUGACCGCCCGGGUCAUCAUCCCUCUGCUAAAGGACGAGGGCUUCGCGGUCAAGGCGCUCUGGGGCCGCACUCCGGAGGAGGCGGAGGAGCUGGCCAAGGAGAUGAGCGUGCCUUUCUACACCAGCCGGAUAGACGAGGUCCUGCUGCACCAGGAUGUGGAUCUGGUCUGCAUCAACCUGCCGCCGCCGCUGACCAGGCAGAUCGCCGUCAAAACUCUGGGGAUUGGAAAGAACGUCAUUUGCGACAGGACAGCCACUCCACUGGAUGCCUUUCGGAUGAUGACAGCUGCGCACUAUUACCCCAAGCUCAUGAGCAUCAUGGGCAACGUCCUCCGCUUCCUGCCUGCCUUUGUGAAGAUGAAGCAGCUGAUCCAAGAGGGCUACGUUGGAGAACUGCUUGUGUGCGAGGUACAAGUUCACAGCGGGAGCCUGCUGGGGAAGAAAUACAACUGGAGCUGCGAUGACUUGAUGGGGGGCGGGGGGCUGCAUUCGGUUGGUACCUACAUCAUUGACCUCUUGACCUUCCUCACUAGCCAGAAGGCUGUGAAAGUGCACGGGCUGCUUAAGACCUUUGUGAAACAGACGGACUACAUCAAGGGAAUCCGCCAAAUCACGAGCGACGACUUUUGCACGUUUCAGAUGGUCCUGGAAGGCGGGGUGUGUUGCACCGUCACCCUCAACUUCAACGUGCCCGGGGAAUUUAAGCAAGAUAUUGUUGUGGUGGGCUCCAGCGGGAGGCUGACUGUAAUAGGCAUGGAUUUGUAUGGGCAGAGCAACAGCUCGCCACAAAAAGAGCUCCUUUUGAAGGAUUCCACCCCUGUCAGCAAUGCCCUGCUGCCCGAAAAGGCUUUCAGCGACAUCCCUUCCCCAUACCUGCGUGGAACUAUAAAGAUGGUGCAGGCUGUCCGUCAAGCGUUUGAGGAUCAAGAUGACAGGCGGACCUGGGACGGGCGGCCGCUCACAAUGGCUGCGACUUUUGAUGACUGUCUCUAUGCUUUGUGUGUGGUGGACACCAUUAAAAAAUCAAACCAGCUGGGUGAAUGGCAGAACAUUGUGAUCAUGACUGAGGAGCCAGAGCUGAGCCCUGCUUACUUGAUCAGCGAAGCAAUGCGCAGGAGCAGAAUGUCUCUGUACUGCUAGGGUUUGGGGUUUUUUUGUCACCUCAGAAAAAAGUGGAUCAUUGCAGUUCUUUCCUAAUGAAAAAAACAUGCUAUGUGUCUCAGGCCUUGGACAAGGAAGACGAUAUAGGGAAUAAAUCCUUGCUAUGUAAACCACAUUGCCUAGUUGGUGCUGAAAUAUUAGAUGCGUUCGAAAAGCUUGCUUUGAUAGUUGUUCGAGACUCUGUUAAAGAGAAACUUGCAUUAACUGUUUACAAAAUAGCAUUAUAGGAAGGUAGAACAGCAUCCAUUUACAACCUACAGGUGCAUAGCUGAUGCAGUUGCAUUUACUGUGAAUAAAAGGUUUGGGGAGGUCUAGUUUGAGACAUUCCUCACCAGUUAGCAGGCUGCAAAGCUCGUGACUUAUCAGAAAGACCCUUCCUUGCAGAAAGCAAAACUGGCUGGCUUCUGACAUGGACACUUGCAGUCCUGCUGAUAAUAGCAUGCUAAUUGAUUACUGCAUCAUUCAGUAACCCAUGCACUUGUAUCAGUUUCAUAGAAUAAGAACACUUUGGGUAUGACUGUGUUGUGUGACCUGGAAAAUUUGGCAGCUUGGUUUUCAUAGUUAAGAAUGAAGGUUUAUGUUCUGUUUGGACUUCCCCACCCCCCCUUUCAAGAAAACAGAAACAGAAACAUGUAUAUUUUUAAAAAAUACAUGCAGCUCCAAAAUAGCAGCAUGUUUCUCCUAGGGCCCUGGAAGGAUUCAAUAUGACGCACAACAAUCUGCAGAGAAAUAAGGGAAAUUACUUACAGGGUGACCAGCCAGUCUCCUUAUGUUCUCGGAUUGUUGAUAAAUUCCAGAGAGACAACCAUGUCAGUCUGCCAUAGCAAAACUAAAAUAGAAUCAUAGAGAUGGAGGGGAUCCUGAGGAUCAUCUAGUCUAACCCCCUGCAAUGCAGGAAUAUGCAGCUGCCCCUUACGGGGAUCGAGCCUGCAGCCUUGGUGUUACCAGCACCAUGCUCUAACCGAGUAAGCUAUCCAUGUUUAGUACUGUGCAAAAGCUUUCAUGGACCAGAGCUUACUUUGUUAGAUGCAUGAAGUAGCCCAUCAGACAAGGCACGUACGGUCUACAAAAACUUGAUCGUUUUUUUAAGGUGUCACAGGACUCUUUUUCUUCUGACUUGGGGUUUGGUCUUUAGGGCCCACACUAGGACAAGAUUUUUAAAAGCAUAGGUUUCAACAAAACCUAACAUGUUUUAGGAGGAAAUUGCACAAAAACAGAGCAUGAUUUGUCCAAAGUCUAGUUGAGAUGUAGAGACUGCUACCUGAACAGCUACUAGAUAAAUUUUUCUUGGCUUGCACAUCAUCGCUGAGAUGACAUGGAAGCUUGCACUGAAAAAUCUAACUGGGUACUUACUCCUAGAACAGUAAAGGAGUUUACCUUUCCUUUUGGUAUCUACUGGACUUUAAAUGUAUUCAGUCCAUUUCACUUCUUUGUAGGUAGUUAAUACAUUAUCUUAUUACUUCCUUGCAUCAUUGAAUUCCAGUUACUUUUUCUUUUAAUUGAUGUCUUGAUGCAGACUCUACUUCUUCCUCCUCCAACACCUGAAGAGGUUGCAUGUAAGAUUUCUGGGCAGAGGAGCAGAUUUCUGCUAAUGGCAAUGGGGGCAUCAGAUCAUGGAAGGGAGGAUAAGCUUAGAAGGGGUGGUUGCAAGUUCCAAGAAUUCUGAGAACUGAAACACUGUUCUGUAUGAUUUGACAAUACAAAUAAUCAAAGGCUCUCCAUUUGUGUUGCUGUGUUUCCAGCGACCACUGUGGAAAGGUCUAGUCAAUUCAAUCAUCUCUUGUUUUCCUGUCAUUCUCUUAUGCUGAAUAUCAGUCAGGGUGGUGCACUAACAAUGUUAAAAAACAAAGAGGAAAAUAGAGUACCCAGUUCUAUAAAUCCUCUUAUGUGCAGAAUUAGCAUGCCAUCAUCUUUCAGUGAUUAAUUGCAACCCUCUACUUAAUCUGGAUCUUAAAUGAUGCCUUGUUUUUAUUUUUUUAACCUUAAAUCCAAGUGUACAUUUAUUGCUGUAUAUAUUUAUUGUGUUUUACAAGUGUGUGUGUACACAAGAGAGGGAGAGGGAGUGAGUGAGAGAGAGAGAGAGAGAGAGAGAGAGAGAGAGAGAGAGAGAGAGAGAGAAGCAAACUAGGUAUAUACAAAAUGUCAUUGCAUGGGCAUUUUAUGUACAGUAGAUAUUUUAAAAGUUAUUUAUCAAACAAAAAGUGUGUGAUAAAACAGAGUCUAUAUUUUAUAUAUCUAUACUGUAGAUAGCAAAAACGAAACCGCAUUUAAAUUAUAGCAAGAGGAUAUGGGAGUAUUUUUUAAAGAAAAGGGAAGGCCUGUGGUGGUUUCUAGCAUUUUGACAGCCUGGCUACUUUUAACGGAAAGUUGCAUUUUGUGGCUCUCGGCUGCAGCAAAGUCUGUCCUCCUCCUCCUUCAAAGGAUGAUAUCCGUGUAUUACUUUUCCAUUGCUUGGGGAAUGUAAUUAGUUAUAGCCAGCCAUGAGCAUAUAUGUGCUGCUUAAAACAUGGGUUUCCUGCUGUUCUUACAUAUUUGCACUGUUAGAAUAAAGAGAAGCUAAACAGUGAAUAAAGACAUAAAAGGAAAUGGGAUUGCA